AUGCCAGUCUGCGCUCUGCAUCUUGUACAACUGAAGGACGCAUCAUCGCGCGGUAUCGACGCUUUUUUGCACAGCUUGUUCGGUGCUGCAAGCAAAUCGCAUGAGUUAAGCAUAGUCACAAUAAGCCAAGUUCGAUCGCCCAUCAUUCGUCCUACACUCGUGGACCACGAGAUUCUGAAUGAGACCCCUUGGACGCUGCUCCUCGUCCUCAGCGGCUCAGCGGCUCACGAUCUUCCUUGGUCGCCGAGGUCAUCGGUCAAAACGCUGUAUUCUCUCGUUUCAGGAAUUCCGUCCAAGAUCGUCAAUAAUUAUAGUAGCAUCUCUGACAAGCUUCGGAACGCUCAGCCGCGACCACCACUGCUUGAGAUCAGACUCGAUUACAAGGGCGAUGUUGUCAUACCUCCAGGACAGGCGCGUGUCGCAACACGAGAAGACGGACAAGACCUAAGUCUGUCACCCGCACUACUCGGGCUUGCCAAGCACCUCAAACACACGGCCAAGCACCAAGGACCCGUAUCUAUGCUCAACCUGCUCCACUUUCACACUCAUGACGGUGCUGUAGAAUCCUAUCACGAAUAUGGACGUCGAUUCGUCGCCGUAGCUGGUAAGCGCGGUGGCAACGCCAAGCUUGUGGGCGUCAUCGUUGAUCCGCUGAAAGAACCUCUCAGAGACUCACGCAACGAUUACACGAAGCAUCAGUGGUGGAACGAGUGUACCUUGGUCCAUUAUCCCAGUAUCGACCACUUUAUCGACAUGUCGCUUGAUGACGAGUACCAGUUUAUCAACAGGGAGUACAGAUUGAAGGCGAUAAAGGAUACUGCGCUCAUCUGCACAACCGAACUCGAUCUCACAAAGUAUAGGAGAGUGGGUUCGGCAAAUUUGUAG